AGAGAGAGAGAGAGAGAGAGAGAGAGAGAGAAAUUGAAACUGCAGGAUAUGUCAUGCUAGAGCUACACGCACGAGCAACAAGCAUAGAGUACGACUGUGUCGAAAUAUAUUUUCACGUUUGUUUCUCUUUUCUUUAAUAUUGCAUUUAUGUAUUUCAGUUAUUAAUUCUAUAUUUGCAUACCGCCCAAUAAACACCGGCUACGGGGUAUGUAUUCGGGAUUAGUUUGACUAGUAGAAAGAAAGAAAGAAAGAAAGAAAAUAUGCUAACAAACUAAAAAACGCACUUUUAUUUAAUCGGGUAUUACAGUUCAGUUUUACUGUCGGCAUAACGAUACAUUUUGCAGGUAUCUGCGUUAACUGAAUUCCAUCCUGGUGUUUUCGUAUUUAUCCACUUCUUUUGAGGAAGGAAGAUUUUAGUUGAAGCAAUUAUCUUUCAACAAUCUUAAGCAACGUUAUUAUUAUUAUUAUUAUUAUUAUUAUUAUUAUUAUUAUACUUGUAUCGUUUUUCAAAAUCGUAUUCAUAUACUGGAUACUGCUGCGUUAACACUGAGUGACAAGUCUCCUUUCCUUGGCUUCAAUGGGGUCGCAAAAACCCUGAAGUUAUUUUGCUGAAAACCUGCGGUGUGCAUGUUGACCAGAAGGAGGCGCUAGAGAGAGAGAGACAGUUGACACAAUGGAACCCAUAACUCUAGAAGACUCUGCCACUAUUGAUGAGCUGGUACAAGCCUGCAUCGAUGCGUUUGACGAGACAGGGGAGCGUAAAGACAGCACCUUGCUUCGCAUGUUUCUUCUGAUGCACCCCUGGUACCUGCCCUCCACCGAACUCGCCAAGAAGCUGCUCACCAAAUCUCAAGAAGAGGAAAGCAGUACUGGGGUGAGGACGAGGAUUUGUCAUCUGGUCAGGUACUGGAUCUCUGAGUUUCCUGCUGAGUUUGACCUCAAUCCUGAGCUGGCUGAUCAGAUCAAGGGACUGAAGGACUCGCUGAGUCAGGAGGGCAACGUCCGGCACAGUCGACUCAUUGACAUAGAGAGCGUUCCCUCGUACGAAUGGAAGAGACAGGUGACUCAGCGACAGCCCUCCCUCUCGAAGAAACGCAAGAUGUCCCUUCUGUUCGACCACCUGGACUCCUCCGAGCUGGCCGAGCACCUGACCUACCUGGAGUUCAAGUCCUUCAGCAAGAUCCUGUUCCAGGACUAUCACAGCUUCGUCAUGCACGGGUGCACGGUGGAUAACCCCAUCCUGGAGCGCUUCAUCACUCUCUUCAACAGCGUCUCCCAGUGGAUCCAGAUGAUGGUGCUGAGCAAACACACUGCCCAGCAAAGAGCCGCUGUCAUCAAGCAGUUCAUCCAGGUGGCACAGAAGCUGCUGCAGCUCCAGAAUUUCAACACUCUGAUGGCGGUGGUGGGGGGGCUCAGUCACAGCUCCAUCUCCAGACUCAAGGAGACUCACCAACACAUCACUCCCGACGUGAGCAAGGUGUUCGACAGCCUGACAGAGCUGGUGACCUCGUGUGGGAACUACAGCCAGUACCGGAAGCGCUUUGCGGAGUGCGAGGGGUUCCGCUUCCCCAUUCUGGGGGUCCACCUGAAGGACCUGAUCGCUGUGCACGUGGCGCUGUCCGACUGGGCCGACAAGGAGAAGACCCGGGUCAACCUGGUCAAGGCCCAGCAGCUGUACACCAUCCUGAACGAGCUCGCCAAGAUCCAAGUGACACCGCCACGCAUCGACGCCAACAACGACCUGGUCAACUUGCUAACGGUGUCCCUGGAUCAAUAUCACACAGAAGAGGACAUCUAUCAGCUGUCCUUAACGAGAGAACCACGGCAACACUCCAAAUCCACUCCUAACCCCGCCCCCAAAUCCUCGAUGAUUGACGAGUGGGCAUCGGCAGUGAAGCCCAAGGCAGACCCGGAGAUCAUCAGCAAACACAUCGAGAAGAUGGUGGAGUCUGUAUUUAAGAAUUUCGACACGGACGGAGACGGACACAUCUCCCAGGAAGAGUUUGCGAUCAUCAGGAAUAACUUCCCUUACCUCAGCAAGUUUGGGGAGCUUGAUCAGAAUGAUGACGGACGAAUCAGCCGCGAGGAGAUGGUGGUGUACUUCAUGAGCGCCAGCUCCCUGCUGAACUGCAAGAUGGGAUUCAUCCACACCUUUACUGAGACCACCUACCUGAAACCCACCUUUUGUGAGCACUGCGCUGGCUUUAUCUGGGGGCUGUUCAAGCAGGGAUAUAAGUGCAAAGUAUGUGGGGUGAACUGCCACAAGGCCUGUCGAUUCCACCUGGCUGUGGAGUGCCGAAAACGAACCAAGAGCAUCAGCCUGGAUGGACCCCCCCGCCGUAACUCCCGAUCCUUCAGCUUCCCUCCCCCUGGGAGCUCCCCGCCCUCCGUACAACAAUCAGUGAUUGAAGAGGAGAUCGAGUCAGUGGAAGACGGAGUGUUUGACGUCCAUCUAUAACAAGAGUCGAAUCUCAAUGGACAUUAGCCAGGAGACUGCAUGUUUAAAAUGUGCCAAGGACUGAAGCUGUCUGCAGUGUCUGUCACACAGAGGUGUUGAGCCAAUGAGAAACGAACACAACAAUGCAAUAGAAAGGUUUACACUGCCCCCCCUGUGGAGAUGGGACGCUACUGCAGCCGUGCAUGUUUCUCAGCUGUUUUGAUCUAGAUGAUAAAAUCCAGUCUUUUUUUUUUUUUUUUACUCGAGAAACUUUGCCAGUUUUUACAGCAAACACAUUUUACCAGCCAUCUUUUUUUUUAACCUAGUUCCUGUUCACGCAACAAUAAUGCUGCACAAUGUCUUCUUAAUGCAUGUAACUUCCAGUUUCAACUAUCUGUUGCUUGACUACAAAGUAGCAUGUCUUGUUAUUACUGGUAUUAUCAGUAAACGAUUUUCAAGGACUGUUUAAAAAAAAAAAAAAAAAGUAUUGAUUCAAAAACAAAGCAGGGAAUAUGCAACUGUCUGCAUUGUGCACCAGGACUCUACUGUUUAUAUUGUGUGGUAAUUGACUCCAGUGUGGGGUAGCUCUGGAGACAGUCCAGCGAAAAGCCACCAGACCAAUCCCUGGGCUUUAAAAGAACGAGCUACAAAGAUAAGAAGGAUUUAUUUAACCUGGAACUAAGAAUGAAGGAGGACUUGAUGUCUUUUAAAUUCUUAAAAGGAGUUGACAGAGUUAUAGUCAAUACCUUCAGCGCAGCAGAGAAACCAGGAUCAGAUGGAGACAGACUCGGGACCGAGGAAAGGAGACUCUUCUUCACACAGAGAGUGGUGAGGGGAUGGAAUGGGUCACCUAGUCAUGUUGUUGAGGCAGAAUCACUGGGAUCCUUUUAAGACUUUUGAGAUCAGUUUGGCUAUUAGGAACCGGACGAGCGCUAAUGGGAGCUCUCGCUGGUAAAUGUUUUUGUAUUUUAUUGGGUUGUGCUCUCUGCUGUUCUCUUGCGUGGUCACUCGGUCAUAUUGUACAGUGGAAUGGAGCGAUUUUACAUUUUUAUAUUGACUUACUGCCAAAUGUCCUGGUGAACUCCCCAAUCCACCAGGUUUUAAAAGGGGUAGAGAAAUGUAAUUAAGAAAACGUCAUCUGAAGCUAAUUAUCCUCCUCUCAGAAUGCAUAUCCUGCUUGCAGGGGUAUAGUCACUGUGUGCUCAAUUGUACCAUGUUAAUUUCCCUAUCUAAGUUAUCUAUUUUAUAAUGCAUAUGCAGCUAUGGCCAAAAGUUUUGCUUCACCCUGUAGAAUGAACUAAUUUAGCUUCAUUCGAAGCUUCAUUAGCUUCGAAUGAAACCUGCUGAAUAAUGUUACGUUAACAUAUUGAAUUACACACCGCUUUGUAAUUUUCCAUACACUUAAUGCAAAAACCCACACAUUUGAAAAAUGGGACAUUUUGAAAUCUAAUGCUAUUAUGGCUUCCGGUAGACGUUUUGUAGUUUCUUUGAUUACACGAUGUUAAAUAAAAAAAUCAAAAUGAUGAUCAUAUAGUUUAUUUUAAUUUCUUUUAAAUUGUCUCAAUCCUAAAAUUCUAGGUGACGCAAAACAUUUGGUCACAGCUGUAUAUGUGUCUUUGAAAGCCCUGGGGGCACGUAUACUUAGAAACAUACGCGUACAUCGCUGUGUACCUCUCGCUAUCCAUGCUUUCUGAGAAAGAGAAAGUGUGUGUUUCCAGCUACAGUAACGGGUUUAAAUACAAACAGCAUUGAUUUUCAUUCAUAGCAAGUGUUUUUUUUCUUCUUCUUUCAUUUUAAGGGGCUAUAUAAUAUUUAUAAAUGUUUAAACAGCCCCUAAUAAUGAAUCAUCUUACCUGUUCUAUCCUGAAUGGUCCUCAAUGACACGUCCGUACAGGAAGACGCUGCACAGGGGAUGCAUCCUUUAAAUGGAGGUGCUAGAACAGAUUAAAAAAGAACAAACGCAUGCGCAAUGCAAACGGGAGGCAUGGCUUUAUGUAACACUGGCUGCAAUACAGAGACUGUGUGGUGGGGCUAAACAGUAGGGAACUGGGAGCAAAUAUGAUGGACCUGGGGUUUCAGUUUCACCUCCUCCUGUAGCCAUAGCUGCUCGUUAAGCUUUGUGAUGGCUGAAAUGUGAAGUCGUUGCUGGUGUGAAUGUGUGUAUUAUGUGUUGUUUGCUGGUAUCGAAUAUGUGAAGUUUACAUCCUUUUUUUUAUAUGCUUUCUGCUUGUUUCUAGCCCAUUGUACACACAUGACUGUAAGGUUUGGAAUAAAGGGGGGCUAGUACCCCCCCACCCCCCCCCCAAACAAGACCCCUGCUUGUAUAAUAAUUGAUAUACUGUCUUUUUUUUUCUUAAAUGAUUGAAAUGAUUAGGAUAUUUCAGCCCACGCUGAGAUCGAUACAGUUGAACACAGAGCAAUGCAAAAAGUAUAUUUCAAACCUUGCAUAAUUGCUGUAGCUGUGAUUGUGUUUAUAUUAUACCCUAUGGGAAAUAAUUCUGGAUACCCUCAUAUUAAAAAUACAUUUGAUUAAGCGAUCAAGGCGACUCUAAUCGCAUGUAAUGGACAGGCCCCCAGUGUUCAUAAUUGCUAUUGAGUCGUUGAAACUGGCAGAUUUUAAAAAGUGGCUUCAAAUCUCAUUUUGAAUUUCUGUUUCCACUGCCCUUACUGUGCUCUGGGGCUUCAGUCAUUGGGAGUGACUCUGGCUUUCAGUAUUGGGUUCAUGUUUUUCUGGAGAAUCCAACUGUGUGGGCCAGUGUGGAGGCUGUGUGGUCCAGUGGUUAAAGAAAAGGGCUUGUAACCAGGAGGUCCCCGGUUCAAAUCCCACCUCAGCCACUGACUCAUUGUGUGACCCUGAGCAAGUCACUUCACCUCCUUGUGCUCCGUCUUUCGGGUGAGACGUAAUUGUAAGUGACUCUGCAGCUGAUGCAUAGUUCACACACCCUAGUCUCUGUAAGUCACCUUGGAUAAAGGUGUCUGCUAAAUAAACAAAUAAUAAUAAUAACUGCCGGUAUAAACUAAUAUUGGUUCCCCCCGAAUAUGUGUCCCCCCAGUAACAAAUAUUCUGUGAAUAUUUGUACCCUCAUACAUACAAAGAAAGAUUACUUUGUUACAAAGAAAUAAGGGGGUACAAAUAUUCGGAAGGGGAACCAAUAUUCCCAACUAUUGGUUCCUGGGGGAAGAAAUAUGCAAAGGGGCGGGGGACACAUAUUCUCGGACACCCGGACUGAAAUGACAAUUCGGAUUUUCCCAAGCCUAAUGCCUUUUGAAAGCCAGAUAAUAUCAGAUGUAUUAUAUUUUAGAAGUAAGACUCCUGUUGCAUAGCAGUUUUAACUAUUUCAUGUUUUACUACGAGCUUGAAUUAGCUGUAUAGGCAACAAGCUCAGGUGUGUCUUAUUAAAUUCAUAGUAAAAUCAGGAGUGGAUCAAACUGCUGUGCAAUGGGAGUCUUAUUUCCAUCCCUGUAUUAGAACCCAGGACUGCUCACAGUGAUUGGAAAUAGUAAUGAAUACUAAACAGUUAUUCUUAAUGUUGUUUGAAUGGUGUGUCCAUAAUUAUUUCCACCACUGAAGUUACAGUAAAUGACCCCCUGUAAAAUAAUUGGGCUGAAAAAGUGUACAGUGACAUUCUGAGGGUCUGACUUUGAUCUUGUGCUGUGUGUGACUAAGCUUUGACAAAACCAGUGCCAGUAUUUAAUUGCUUGUAAGCACAUUGCAUCGUGUGUUAAGACAGCUUUAUUUCAAUGAAGUGUGAUUAAAAUCCUUGACAUCU